CCCCACUCAGGAGCCACCUCUGCCCCAACCCCCUUGUUACUUAAGGGAGCGGGGCCCCGUCUGGGCCACCGCACUGGGAAUCCAGGAUGAAGCCCUUGGCUGGGGCCCUGCCUUCCCUCCUGUUGAGACUGCUGCUCACAUCCACCCCGGGCGCCCUGGGCACCAACCCUGGCCUGGUUGCCAGGAUCACUGACAAGGGCCUACAGUAUGUGGCCAGGGAGGGGUCAGUGGCUCUGCAGAAGGAACUGCUCAGAAUCACACUGCCUGACUUCACCGGGGACUUCAAAAUCAAGCCCUUUGGCCGAGGGCACUAUGAGUUCUACAGCCUGAGCAUCCACAGCUGUGAGCUGCGUGGCUCUACUCUGAGGCCCCUGCCCGGCCAGGGCCUGAGCCUCAGCAUCUCUGACUCCUUCAUCAGAGUCGAGGGAGAGUGGAAGGCGCGCAAAGCCUUUGUCAGCAGACCAGAGACAAGAGUUCAAGUGAAACUACAUGGCUCCUUUGAUGUGCAGGUCAAGGGCAUUACCAUUUCCGUCAGUCUUGUCUUGGGCAGGGAGCCCUCUGGGAGGCCCACCAUCACUGCCUCCGGCUGCAGCAGCCAUAUUCAAGACGUGGAGGUGGACAUAUCGGGAGGUUUGGGGUGGCUGUUGAAUCUCUUCCACAACCAGAUUGAAUCCAAAUUCCGCAGAGUAUUGGAGAGCAAGGUUUGCGAAAUGCUCCAGAAUUCGGUGACCUCGGACCUGCAGCCUUAUCUCCAAACUCUGCCAGUCACAACAGAGAUCGACAGUUUUGCUGGCAUUGAUUACAGUUUAAUGGAAGCCCCUCGGGCAACAGCCCAAAUGCUGGACGUGAUGUUUAAGGGUGAAAUUUUUAGCCGUGAUCACUAUUCCCCAGUCACCUUCCUUGCUCCUGUCAUGAGUCUUCCUGAGCAACAGGACCGAAUGGUCUACUUUGCCGUCUCUGAUUAUGUCUUCAACACAGCCAGCCUGGUUUAUCAUGAGUCCGGAUACCUGAACUUCUCCAUCACAGAUGACAUGGUUCCCCAGGGCUCUAACAUCCGGCUGACCACCAAGUCCUUCCGCCCCUUCGUCCCCAGGUUAGCCAGACUGUACCCCAACAUGAACUUGGAGCUCCAGGGAGCAAUGGCCUCUGCCCCAUCCCUGAACUUCAGUCCUGGGAAUCUGUCCUCGACCCCCCUGAUGGAGAUCGAAGGCUUUGUCCUCCUGCCCAGCUCCGUCAAGGAGCCUGUCUUCCGGCUUGGUGUGGCUACUAAUGUUUCUGCCAUGUUGACCUUCAACACCAGCAGGAUCACUGGGUUCCUGAAACCGGGAAAGAUACAAGUGGAACUGAAAGAAUCUAAAGUUGGGGUGUUCAAUGUGGAGCUGUUGGAGGCGCUACUCAACUACUACAUUCUCAACACCCUCUACCCCAAGGUCAAUGAGAAGUUGGCAGAAGGCUUCCCCCUUCCGCUGCUCAAGGAUAUUCAGCUCUAUGACCCUGUUCUCGAGAUCCACAAGGAUUUCCUGUUCCUGGGCACCAACCUCCAGUACAAGAGAGCGUGAGGGCCACGACCCAGCUAGGGUUUGGAGCCCACAGCUGGACUGGCAAAUUGUAUUUCCAUAUGUGCAGCAUUUUCCAGGGGAGAUGAAGACUUCUCUGUUCCCAACUCUGGGGGAGAGGUCCACUGGGGUGCCCUGGGCCUCUUCAGCGAGUGCACCCCCACCCUUUCUGCCCCUGGGCUUUCCAGCCCCCAUCUCCCUGGG